AUGUCUUCACCUCUCAAACUUCUUUGUAUUUCCUUCCUUUCCAUCAUCACUAUUGUUUCUGCUGCCUACAUUCCAGGCCCGAAAACGGUCACUUACGACGGCCGCUCGCUCCUUAUCAAUGGAAAACGAGAACUUUUUUUCUCCGGUUCCAUUCAUUAUCCACGAAGUGUCCCAGAAGAUUGGCCACUGAUUCUUGAUAAGGCAAGACAUGGAGGGAUAAAUUUAAUACAAACAUACGUCUUUUGGAAUGGUCAUGAGUCUGAGAAAGGCGCCUUGAACUUUGAAGGAAGGUAUGAUUUGGUAAAAUUCCUUAGACUUGUACAAGAGAAAGGAAUGUAUGCUACCCUUAGAGUUGGCCCUUUCAUCCAAGCUGAAUGGAAUCACGGAGGACUUCCAUAUUGGCUAAGAGAGGUACCCGACAUCAUAUUCCGUUCGAACAAUGAACCUUUUAAGGCACACAUGAAAGAAUAUGUAUCAAGCAUUAUAGCAAAAAUGCAACAAGAAAAACUCUUUGCUCCUCAAGGAGGCCCUAUCAUCUUGGCUCAGAUUGAGAAUGAGUACAAUCAUAUCCAACUUGCUUAUGAAGCUGAUGGAGAUAGUUAUGUUCAAUGGGCAGCAAAACUGGCAGUUUCACUAUACAACGGAGUUCCAUGGAUCAUGUGCAAGCAAAAGGAUGCUCCUGAUCCAGUUAUUAAUGCUUGCAACGGAAGGCACUGCGGUGAUACCUUCGCAGGUCCAAACAAACCAUACAAACCAUCCAUCUGGACCGAAAACUGGACUGCUCAGUACAGAGUUUUUGGAGAUCCACCGUCCCAAAGAUCUGCAGAAGACAUCGCCUUUUCAGUUGCUCGCUUCUUCUCUAAGAAUGGAUCAUUAGUCAACUAUUAUAUGUAUCAUGGUGGAUCAAAUUUUGGUAGAACAACCUCAGCCUUUACAACAACAUUUUAUUACGACGAAGCUCCUCUUGAUUCCUAUGGUCUGCAAAGAGAACCAAAGUGGAGUCACCUAAGGGAUGUUCACAAGGCUGUGAACCUAUGUAAGAAGGCUCUACUCAACGGUGAACAUACCGCACAAAAAAUUAGCCAGUAUCAUGAGAUUAUAGUCUAUGAAAAGAAAGGAAGUGAUUUAUGCGCUGCUUUCAUCACUAACAACCACACCCAAAAUCCGAAAGUAAUAGAAUUCAGAGGUUCAAGCUAUUAUCUACCUCCGCGUUCCAUCAGCAUUCUUCCUGAUUGUAAAACUGUGGUCUUCAACACUCAAAAUAUUGCUUCGCAACACAACUCAAGAAACUUCGAGAGAUCAAAAGUUGCAAACAAUCACAAGUGGGAAGUGUAUACUGAGCCUAUUCCAACCAGCAAGGAAUUGCCAGCAAAACAAAAACUUCCUGCUGAGCUUUACAGCUUGCUUAAGGACAGCACUGAUUAUGGAUGGUACAUCACUAGUGUGGAGUUGGGUCCAGAAGACUUGCCAAAGAAGAAUGAGAUAUCACCGGUUAUUCGUAUUUUGAGUCUUGGCCAUUCAUUACUUGCUUUUGUAAAUGGACAAUAUGUUGGAUCUAAUCAUGGUAGCCAUGAAGAGAAAGGCUUUGAAUUCCAGAAACCUGUAAGCUUCAAAGUUGGAGUUAACCACAUAUCUAUCUUGGCUUCUUUAGUAGGACUGCCUGAUAGUGGAGCAUACAUGGAGCACAGGUAUGCAGGGCCUAAGACUGUAACCAUCCUUGGUUUGAACUCCGGAACAAUUACUCUCACUGCUAAUGGUUGGGGUCACCAGGUUGGUCUCCAAGGCGAGAAAAAUGCAAUUUACACCGAGGAGGGAUCAAAGAAAGUAGUCUGGAAAGAUGCGAAGGGACAUAGUUCACCUCUCUCUUGGUACAAGACAAAUUUUGAAACUCCAGAGGGAAAUUCCCCGGUUGCUAUCAAAAUGACUGGUAUGGGAAAAGGAAUGGUUUGGAUCAAUGGCGAAAGCAUCGGUCGUCACUGGAUGAGCUAUCUCUCUCCACUCGGAAAGCCUACUCAAUCAGAGUACCACAUUCCAAGAUCAUUCCUUAAACCAAAAGACAACUUGCUUGUUAUAUUAGAGGAAGAGGUAGCACAUCCAGAAAAAGUUGAGAUAGUGAGGGUCAACAGAGAUACAGUAUGCAGUUACAUCACAGAGAAUCACCCUCCCAAUAUCAAGUCAUGGUCAAGUAAGAACCAAAAACUCACACCAGUUUCGGCGAAACUCACUCCAGCAGCUGUAAUCAAGUGUCCAAACCAAAAAGCCAUUAAGGAAAUUGAGUUCGCAAGCUUUGGCGAUCCUUUAGGUUUCUGUGGAGAGUUUAUCAUGGGAAAAUGUCAUGCACCUUCCUCCAAGAAGAUUGUUGAGCAGUAUUGCUUAGGAAAAGGAUCUUGCGCGGUUCCGAUGGACAAAGCACUCUUCGGCAUUGGUAAGGAUGAUUGCCCGGGUGCGAUAAAGACACUAGCAGUCCAAGUCAAGUGUGGUCCCUCCAGGGAUGAGAAGAAUGUGAACGAUAAGGGGGCUGAGGAGGCUGAGGAUGAUGCGAUAGAAUCGAGUUAG